AUGGGAAAGUACAUAAGGAAGUCAAAGACAACAAGAGAAGUGGCGGUGAGCCAUGCCCAAUCCUCGCUCGGGGUUCGGACAAGGGCUAAAACGCUAGAACUUCAACGCCUAGAGAAAUCCUCCGCCUCUGCCGCCGACGCUGACCCGGUGGCGGCUGAAGGCUUUGGUGAUGGGUGUUACAUGCAGCUGAGGAACAGACGCCUGGAGAAGCCUGCACCCCGUGAAGCGAGAAGACAGAAAUACCCUCUCCUGGAGAAGGAGCCUAAUUCAAAAAAGGCAAGAGUGCGUCCCAACAGCGUGGAAAAUUCUGGUAAGGAGAAGGAAAAAUUGGAGGAAAAACAGGAUGAAAACUCGGUGGAGGCUUCAUUUGGAGAAAAUAUACUGGAAUUUGAAGUCAAAGAAAGGACCACUAGGGAAAGCACGCCUUGCAGCUUGAUUAGGGACUCGCGCACCAUCAAAACUCCUGGUUCAAGUAACAGGCCUACUGCUGGAAAUGAUGCCAAUAGCAGAAUGCAAAACCCGAUGCCAAGAGACAUCCCGACUGCAAAUGAAAUGAACGAGUUUUUUUCCUGUGCGGAAAAUGAUCAGCAUAAGCAAUUUGUUGAGAAGUACAACUUUGAUCCAUUUACGGAGAAGCCCCUCCCGGGACGUUAUGAAUGGGUGAAACUCAAACCUUAG